AUGACAGAAACAGAAACACGAAUGAUGGUUCCUAGGAAGGAGAGCUCGGUUAGCUAGCUGCCGUCUUACGUAUGGGCGUGUUUCCAUGUGGAGAGAGAUUAUAUAAUGAUUAUGUCUGUUAAUCGACCGCUUCCGAGUACACAUCGGUUUCCUGUGUAAUAGAAGCUACGGUAACUUUUUUGUAUAGGGUGUCUCUUUUCCUGAGCGACGUGCUAACGGAUCGCCAGCUAGCAUUAGCCGCACUGAUACACUUCCUGUAUGAGUCGGGUUUAGGCCCAGUCGCCGAGCGAGCGCGAGCGCCUCCGCUUGCUUCUUGUUAUCCGGAGUGAAGCGCUCCCUGCUGUACGAUGCUUGUUGAAUACAACUCUAACCCUGUGGCUUCUUUCUACUCUGCUGCUGACAGUCUUCAGUAGCACGAUGAUAGACAUCCCCACGCAGCCCGUCCUGAGGCGCCUCCCUAAGUGAUAUGAUAGUAGCCACCUGGAUUGCAUUCUGUGCCAGCAGGAGCCUUGCACGGGUUCUGCAACUGACUGUCGAACAACUGCGAUCUGUCCAGUUGUGGCGGAGCCUCGUGGGUCGCGGAGCCAUGGGAAACAGCUGCGUGUGCAGAGAGGACAGCGAUGUAGAGGAGGGAGUGGCCCCUCGAAGGCAGCACAGGGGGGGCGAGAACUCUGAGCCCCCUGAGGCUAGGGGCAGCCGGCCCCGGGACCCUGUCCGACCACCCAGACGAGGCCGUGGCCCUCACGAGCCGCGCAGGAAAAAGCAGAACGUCGACGGUCUGGUGCUGGAUACGUUGGCAGUUAUUAGAACUCUUGUUGACAAUGACCAGGAGCCUCCGUACUCCAUGAUAACAUUGCAUGAGAUGGCUGAAACUGAUGACGGCUGGCUCGAGGUGGUGCAGUCUUUGAUUCGAGUGAUUCCUCUGGAUGAUCCCCUGGGCCCGGCUGUGAUCACCCUGCUCCUGGACGAAUGUCCUUUGCCCACCAAAGACGCUCUGCAGAAGCUGUCGGACAUGCUGAGUCUGAGUGGCGCUGUGGCUCACCAGGAUGCUCUCAUCCCCGCCAAGCACCGCAACACCACUGCAGUGCUGGGCUGCUUAGCUGAAAAACUCGCUGGUCCUGCUAGCAUUGCACUUCUCAGCCCAGGAACCCUGGAGUAUUUACUGGAGAGCCUGAGUUCUGAGGCCCACCCCACAGUAAUGCUGUUCGCACUCAUUGCUCUGGAGAAAUUCUCCCAGACCAGUGAGAACAAACUGACCGUGUCAGAGUCAUGUAUCAGCGAUCGGCUAGCGGUCCUGGAGUCAUGGGCAGAUCACUCAGACUACCUUAAACGCCAAGUCGGCUUCUGCGCACAGUGGAGCCUGGACAACCUUUUUAUAAAGGAGGGUCGGCAUUUCACUUACGAGAAGGUCAACCUGAACAAUAUCAAUGCCAUGCUUAACAGCAACGACGUCAGUGAAUAUCUCAAGAUCUCUCCCAGUGGACUGGAGGCACGAUGUGAUGCAUCUUCAUUCGAGAGUGUGCGCUGUACAUUCUGCGUGGACUCUGGUGUUUGGUACUAUGAGGUCACGGUCAUCACUUCGGGUGUCAUGCAGAUCGGCUGGGCCACCAAGGAUAGCAAGUUCCUCAACCAUGAGGGCUAUGGGAUUGGAGAUGACGAGUACUCGUGUGCCUAUGACGGCUGCAGGCAGCUGAUUUGGUACAAUGCACGCAGUAAACCUCACUCCCACCCCUGCUGGAAAGAAGGUGAUGCCAUAGGAUUCUUAUUGGACCUCAGCAAGAAACAGAUGAUUUUCUACCUAAAUGGACACCAACUUCCUCCUGAAAGGCAGGUCUUCUCCUCUGCCACGUCUGGCUUUUUUGCAGCAGCCAGUUUUAUGUCGUAUCAACAGUGUGAGUUCAACUUUGGGGCUAAGCCGUUCCGCCACCCGCCGUCUGUAAAGUUCAGCACCUUUAAUGAAUUUGCUUCACUUGCAUCUGAUGAGAAGAUAAUCCUGCCCAGGCACAGGCGCCUAGCCCUUUUGAGGCAGGUGAGCAUCAGAGACAACUGCUGCACCCUUUGCUGUGACCAAAUGGCAGAUACAGAGCUGAGACCAUGUGCACACAGUGGGAUUUGCAUGGAGUGUGCCUUACAGCUGGAUAUGUGCCCGCUGUGUCGUCAGGACAUUCAGACACGAGUCAGACUCAUUUCGCAUGUCUCCUGACGUCAACUCGCAAAGCCAAGACACGGACACUCCCCCUAGCUUCCAUCCCAUCCGAGUUCUGUCCAAGAGAUCCAGGCUGACCAGUAGAACCACAAGGCUGUUUGAGGAUGGGAUGUCGCAGCUCGAAAUGUUGUGAGGAAGAAGAUCUUAAAGGUUUUCUCCUCAGGAGAGAAAGAAGGAAAGAAUAGGAAAGAAAAAGGAAGAAGAAAUAGGAAGGAACAUGUGGACUCUAAGAUGGUUACCCCCAGUGAAAGAGGAAACCUGUGGAGUUUAAAAGGUUCCUCAGAAGGGCAAAGCAUCAUUUGCAGGAAAAUGACAAUUAAUGCAUGUCUAGCUGUACAUGCAUUGUGUACACAAGAUUCUGCCUAAGACUCGCUCCCCAAAGGCACCAAUCAAAGGUGCCUGCAUAUCUCUGUGUUCAGAUGUGUUCUAUGUAUCUGUGACUCAUAUGUUUUAAACUCAAUCACACAGGCAGCAGCUCCGUAACCUUUUUUUCUUUCCCCCAGAUAUUGCACCUCUUCAAGACACAGAGCGAGCUUGAUAUUUUCGAUCUAUCUGAUAUGAUUUGCUCGUAUUUGAAAGGAUAAAGUCCUUUGCAUUAUAACUAGAAUGGAAACCUGAAUGAAUAGAUAAUGCAGGUUAUGCAGAUUUUUGCUGUAUACAAUGAAAAUAUUGUUUAGUAUUAAAAAAUGAAACACUUCCAAAAAAAUUGCAGAGGUUACCCUUGGAUAUGCAGCGACUUAAAUUCAGGGUGCAGUGCUGUUUAGCAGCAUUCGAUGCAGUCAUUAUCCAUGUUUAGUUUUGUCAUGUAAAGAUGCACGUAUCUCCUGUCACAGAUAUAGGGUGUAAAAUGUUAAGUCUCUGAAUUAGUUGGUGAGACUGAAAUCACAAGAGCUCCCAAAGAUUGUAAAAGACUGAAUGCAGAAUUAUUCUUUUUUUU